AUGCCGACAACACUGACCAUCCGGAGUCAUAACCUGGGCCGCCCAAAGAAACUGGGUCUCCUGUAUCUCCCCGAAGAGAUCCAGAGCAUCAUCUACGAAUAUCUCCUUGUUGAGAGGACCUCGCUAUGGGACAAAAAGCACGACAUCGAUUGCAGGAACAAGGUCACCGCCCCAGGCCAGUUUGAGAUCCCCCCUUUCGUCCACAACGAAAUCCUCUCCGCCCUCCCGCACCUCACCAACGAUCAUUCGGGCUUCAAGGCCCGCGUGGCAUGCAAAUGUUCCAAGCGCAAGAGCUUGGGCCUCAUGCGGACGUGCAAAAUCAUCCGCGAGAUCUCGGCUCCAAUCUUCUGGUCCAAGAACAUCUUUUGCUUCCGCGACGUCGGCAAGCUGGUUGCGAACCUGAAUGCGCUCCGGCCAUGUUACCGCGAGCUCAUCAGGGAAAUCAGCUUCCUGGAGCCUGAGUGCGCCGAUAUCCCAGCCCUCAACGCCUCUUCGAAUUCCAACAAGAACGCUGCACUGUGGAGCGCCAUCAAGAAGUGUGCGGGGCUUCGCCGACUUGAGCUCCCUGCCGACUGCAUCAAACCGCAGGGCGUAGAUUUCGCGCAACACCUGAACGACUUGGCACGGAAUAUGCCGUAUCUCGAGACAUUGAAUCUGAGCUAUCUCGUUGGGUACAGCGAUUCGACUCUUUGGUUGACAUGUCAAUAUCCCCCAAUGUGCCGCCUCACAUUCUUGCACUCGUCUCGUUCAGUACCACUUCGACCAGAGUGGAAGAUAGAAAAUGACGAAUACCUGGAGUUGGUCCGAACGAGCGAAGACGACGACCAACUAUUCUGGAACCGCAGCAUGAUCCAGAAGCUCCACAGCGACCUGCAUCUCAACUUCCGCGUCCACGUUGACACGCAUGUCCGGCUACACAUCAUGAAGAUUUCCAUUUGGGAGCUGCGCCGUGGAAUACGGAGCCUGUACCUCCCUCCUGAUUUGCACGAGCAUGACUCGACGCGGAGGAUCAGACUGCCGACAGGCAAGAUGACCACUAUCAGAUUCUAUGGGUUGCCCGUCAGUAAAGUGAGCAGGCUUGAGAAGGCACAGAAGAAAAUUGCACUGGAUCAGCAGCAGAAGGAAAUCAACGGAUUAACUCACGCUCAGCAAGUUGUGAACAAGAGCCUGGAGGCAAGGAAAUCGAAGCAGCGGGCGGCAGAGAGCCAAGCGGAGUCGUCUCAGCACCACCGGCUUGUCCAAGAGAGGGCCGAGCGAAGGUUGGAGACCAAUAAAGAAGAAAACAAAGAGGUGAAGAAGAAGGAGAAGAAAGCGAAGAAGAAGAAGAAUUAG